AUGGCAGACAGUUUUCCCCUUAAAACACAUUUGACGCACUUACAAACGUUUGUCGACAAGAAGAACAAAACAUUCCAAGAAGUCUUCAAUCAAACAAUAACAUCACUUAAGCCCGAGAAUGUGUUUGACAAAAAAACGCAGUCUUCUCUCGUUGAGUGUAUGCGGUGUGCGUUAACAAUCGAAUACACAUUGAGACAAUCGGACAAAUUGGUCCAAGCAAUACAAGUACUUUGCAACACCACAUUCAUCCUCAACACAUCUAUGGAACAAAUUCUGGACACGGCAUUCUCCUUUUUAACUGCGCAUGUCAUCAAGUCGAAUAAACGUCUUGUGCAGUUUACAGUGUCACUCAUCGACUUAUCGCUUCCAUUCGAACUCGACAAAAUGCACAUAUUAGAGAAUUUCAAAGUGUUGAGUGACUUGUAUGUCACAUCACCAGCUCAGGACAUGUGCCAAAUCAUGAGAGUGCAAAACAAACUGAUUCUCCACGUCUUCGUCCAAGACGAUAAGGCGGACGAGUCGAUCUUAUUGGAAGAUACUUCAAUCACUCUCGAUAAUGGAGUGAAUAUGCCACGACUGUCUAUUACCGGGAAAGUCCCUUUAAGAGAGCGCGCACUUUCAGUGAAUGUGAAAACGUCUCCCCGAUUCAAAAAUUCGUUGAACUUGAAGAACACGCCGAAUGACGAUAUUUUUGUGAAACCAAAAACAUCAGCGUCUCCGGGGAUUACAAGUAAAAUCGACAAACCAGAGAAAACACCGAAAGGAAGGAACUCUGAAGAAGAGAAGAAAGACAAAGAUGAGAAGGAGUUUCUCUAUGAAGAUGAUGAAUGUCUCCAAGACGACACCGAUACGGAAGAAGACUCUUCUCAUUCAACAAGUGUGAAAACAAAUAACCAACUUGAUACUCCACGAAGUGGGAUUGACGAGAAUGAAGACAAAAAUGAGAACACAAUUCAGUCCAAUUCGACAGGACUCUUUAGCUCAGGGAGCUUAGGAAAUUCGAGUGGUGAGGAGUUUAUGGUACGAGACCAAUUAAUGAAGUUAAAGCGGGCGACUACAAAGAUCGGGUCUGACCUUCAACGAGUGUGUUUGGGGUGUGACACUCCAGCACAUCUUGAGGUCCUCAAUUUCAUCACCAAGGAAACCACAUGCGACCACUCCAAAAAGCCGUUCUUCUCCAAAUCGAUAUUGGGAAGUCCAUGGAAUGAGUUAAGAGGAAAGCGUCCGAUGGUGUUAAAGAUGGAAAAGCGAAUGUUGGAAUUACUCAAAUAUUGGCUUGAAAAGAGUCCGGACUGUUGUGCGCCGACAGCUAUCAAUGGGUGGAACAUGGACAUCUGUGUGUCGAUUGUCAAGAACAUCUUUGGCGAGGACAAAACGAACUUUGUGAGUGCAUUGAGUAUCUUCUCGGCUAUAGCUACAAAGUUUCGAGAACAUAUGCAGAAUGAGGUUGGAUAUGUGACGAAACAUGUCUUAGAAUUUUUCUUGAAGUCGCCAUUUGCACUUGUCACGCACAAACUGUUGAUGUUAACAGAAAUGAAGAAAAUGUUCCAAGAGAAUCAAUUACUUGUUGAUUUGUUUUUUAAUAAUGACUGUGUGAAGAACGGGGAGGACGUAUUUGGCGAUUUGCUCAAUUGUUUGAUAUUUGUGAUGACCCCGGAAUUUAAAGUGGAUUGUCCCGAGGAAGUUACAAUAAAAAUGCACGACUCGAUAAAGAAGGAGUGUCUUGGUGUUAUUUCGGAAAUAGUCGACUCUAUUGAACUCUUGAAGAACAACGUCAUCAUCAAUGAACAAAAUGGAUUUGUGGAAAUUGAUAAGACUGAAGGGAAAAAGACAGUUAGUCCACAAGGGUUACAACUUCUUGCGGACUGGAAGAUGAAAAUCUACAACUUGAAGGCGAAAGAACUCUUCAAAGAGAGUCCUAGUGAAGCAGUCAAGUUCAUGAUAUCGAGCAAAUUGUGUGAAGAGAAUCCAAAGAGUGUUGCACAGUUUUUAAUGGAGAUGCCACAAAUAGACAAGACAUCAUUGGGAAAGUACUUGACGUCGAACAAAGAGUUCAACGAAACAGUGUUUAAAGAGUAUAUGAGUUUGAUUGAUUUCAAAGGACAAGGUGUUGACAGUGCGUUGCGAACGAUGUUUGGCCUAUUUGUCAUGCCUGGAGAAGGACAAGUAGUGGACAGAGUCAUGGAACAUUUUGCAGCAAGGUAUGCCGAAUGCUUCAAAAAGGAACUCGACGAACUCCAAAUUGGGUCUUCGCAAGUCUAUUUCUUGGCGACUACAAUCAUCUUCCUUUCCACAGAAACGCACAACGCUAAUGUCAAAACACGGACUAUGGACACGUAUGAAAAGUUUAAGGGGAUGGUAGAACAAUUCAAAUUCACGUUGCCUGAUGACUACUUGAAGCCAUUGUAUGAUAGUGUGACUCAAAAUGCAUUUUUGAUACCAGAACAGAAGGUGGAGGAGAAACAUGACAAUAAAGUGUAUGUCAAUGAGAUCAAAACGAAUCCACGACAACGAGGGAUGAUUCUUAUAAUGACAAGCGAGCUUGCGGACUUUGCGAAGAAUGGCAUGAUACCCCCAAGAGACACCGUGAUGUUAUUAAGUCGAGACAUCUUAAAGGCGUUUUUGGAUACUGCAGUGCCUAUCUUACUGAAGUACUUUAAAUUGGUGUUUGAAGAUAACGUGGCUGAGACUGUGAGGUGUUUGAAGUCGGUGAUUGAAGCUACGAUACUAAUGGAAUGCUUUGACUCCACUGCGAAAAUAAUGAACUUCAUUUGUUCAUUCUCGGUAUAUGCAAAUUUCACGCCACCGAAAGAGGUGAAUUAUAAGGCAACGAAGUUGGUGUUGGAGUUGUGUGAAUCAUCACCGGAACAUUUGCACCAAGGGUGGGUCGACGCAUUUACCGUGUUCUCGCGACUCGAGCAGAUGGGGAUAUUGGACCACCCCAGUAUUCCGCCUCUCACUGGAAUACCCAAAAACACGAGAAAAUUGUUCUUCAUGGAAGUGCAGCAUAAAUUGUAUUCGCCAAAGGACUUGAAAAUAGGGUUUCCAAUUGCACAAGAAUUGACUGUGAUUAAGAACCAACUGAAACCAGAGACUGAAUUGCUCAACAAUAUAUUCACGAAACUGGCUUUGUUGGGUCAAAAUGAAUUUACAGAGAUGAUUAAAUGCUUGAGUAAAGCGGCACUAGUCGAAUUGAACUGCUUUAGUCCUCCCAUGUUCUUAUUGAAUCGAUUUGAGGAAAUAGUGAAAGGGUACUUUGAGAAAGGAGAGAAGAAGAAAAGCUUGGAGAUGGUGGAUGCGAUACGAGAAUUUCUGUUACAAUGUGGGCUCCACCCACAUAUCAAUGUUGCGAAAAAGGCGGUGUCGACGUUCUUCGAGUUCAGCCAGAGAGACGUCUUUUCCGAAUAUACCAGUAAACUCAAACCGAUUGUUGUAUUGAUGUGCGACACACCACUGCUCCAAUGCCGGUCGUACAUUUUGGAUGUGUUGAAAAGCGAGUUGAAAACACUUGCGAACUACGUUGCGAGUUCAUGGAAAGAGAUACUAGAAGUCCUCUAUGUAGCGAGUUUGGAUGAGAACAUCGACUUGGUGAAGAGUGGGUACGACACGUUGUCUAUCAUUGUUGAGGACAAAAUACCAUACGACGAAAAGAAUACUGUUUAUAUGCUCAAGACGCUUGUAAAAUAUGGAUUGAUUAAAGACAAAUCGGUUGUGCAAGACAAACGCAAUGAGCCAAUGAUCAUUGCUGGAGUGACGCAUGUACUUGAGAAGUUCAAAGUUGAAGACAUCGACUUGGAGACCGAUGGAAGGUUCUUUGAAUCCUUUUUCGACGUCUUGCGAGCAUAUAGAAAGAUCACAGCAAGUCCUUUCAUCAUAUUCACGUCAUUAGCAGCACAAGCGAUUUCAAAUACAGUCGACAAAUUCUGUAAUAAAAUCACUGAGGAGACUUGGUGGUUUAUUAUUAACAAAAUAUACUUUAAGAUACUAGAAGAGGUUGGAUACUACCACAGAAAGGACGAGAGUCUUGUGAAUACACGACCGGAUGAAUGGUGGUCGUCUGUAUGUCUCACAUCGUUUAUGCGAAUGUCAAACUAUAUUCUGCAACACCCGGACAAACUCUCUGGAUUUAUCGGAGACGUCUUCCAUAUUGGAGUUGUGUUUUCAUUGCAGGGCUUUGUCGCAGCGGAGAACAUCGGACUUAUGAUCAUCAAAAUGACACAGCCGUUCUUUGUGGAGAACAAAGAGUUCAUUGUUUUGUACAACAUGAUUGUGUCGAAUGUGUGUGAGUAUAUCUAUCAAUACGUUUUGAGUCAGAAGGAGAAGAAUGUGAAGAAGGAAGAGAAAGAAGUGAGUGUGGGGACUCCACAGAAGGAAACGCCAGAAGCCGACAAGUGCUCGAAUUGUGGGAAAGAGUUGAGUCAGUUUGAGGUGAUACACUGCCCCCUUUGUGAGGACAAGUUCUGUUGUGUCGAGUGCAAGAGAGAGAAAAUUGGCAAAGAACACCAUCAAAUAGUGAAGAAGAAGAAUAUUGAAGAACACUUCUACCCAGUCACGUUUAGUACCCCAAAACUCGACUUCCCAACACUGACCAUUUCAACAUCAAAACUGUUUGGAGUGCUUGAGGACAACUUGAACAAAUUGGUCACUGUCUCGAAGGAAGAGGACGAGAAGGUGAUGAUCAGUUUGAUCGAGUAUGAUAUUAAAGUGAUGGCUGAGAUCAAAUUGAAUGAAAGUGACAAACAGAAUGUCACUGACGUAUCAAAUUCAGUUGAAUACUUCUUGAUCGCUUUUGCUCGAGCCGUCGGGACGGUCUUCCCUGAAGUUGUUGUUGGUUUACUUGACAAAUUUUUGGCUAUCCCCUCAGAGACAAUGUUAUCGUUCUUGUUCCAGUUUAUUAACUCAUGUACCAAGGAACUCAUGAACGUCAUUUACAAGCAGAAUUACAGACAACUCAUAUCACUGGUCUCUCACGAGUCAAAGGAAAUCAGAGAGAGUUUGUCGGCUGUUUUACUCAACGUUUAUAAUGCGGCCCAAAUAUAA